AUGACGCGCGAGGUGGCGCGCGUUCGAUCGCGCGCGGACGAGACCCAGCGCGCGCUCAUGGAGGAGGGCGCGCUGCUUCAGGCGUCCACGCACCGCGCGGCGGCGGUGGAGAGGACGCUGCGCGCGUCGCUCGAGGAGGCGUCGUCGCGGCGCGACGCGCUCGCGCGCGAGGCGUUCGAGGCGACGCGCGCGACGAAGGAGCUGAGGGAAGAGAAGGAGGCGCUCGUCGACGAGCUGUGCUCGGAGAGGAAUCGCGGGGAGGCGCUCAUGGUGGCCGCGGAGGCGCUGCGCGCGAAGCGCGGGUGGAGAGGGCUGUUCCGACGCGGCGGCGACGGCGGCGGCGGCGGAGGAGAGAAGACGCGCGGCGGGAGGCGCGCCGGCGCCGCGCGCGCCUCGGCGUGCCGCCCGCCGCGCGUCGCGCUCGACGAGGCGCUCCUCCCGGAGAUCUCGGCGGACGCGAGCGUGGGCCGAGCCGCGGCGGAUGUCGCGAGGGCGCUCGGCGGCGAUUCCGUCGCGCGCGGCGGGGAAACCCCGGACGAAGCCGCGAUUCGCCGGCGUCUGUUUUACGGCAUCGCGAACGCGGGGGAGUUCUCCCCGAACGACGUCAUCGACCGGUUGGACUCGCCGGGGACGGCUGGGUGCCGGCAGAUGUGA